UUUAGUUUUCAGAUCCUACGAUUAUGUGUUUAGGGACUUAUGUGAGACCUAAUCUCGAAAGCAAAGUCUAAUUUGGAAACUAAGGAGACCCAAAUUGUCCAUGAAGGGAAUUGCGUAUUGAAUACAACACACUGUGACAACAAAUUAACAUAACACUAUUCCAUUCACAGAUGUGACAUAGUAUGCGUAUUAUAAGUUUAUAACACUAUUCUAUUCACAAAUAUAACAUAGUAUUCUUAUUAUAUUAUUAUUUUUGUAAUGAAAACACAUACACGACAAUAUACCUGCUCCAACUAAAGACUAUUCCAAUCACAAAUCGUUUUCUCAAAUACCCACUGAGAUUCUAUUUUUAUUUGUUUUUAUUCUCAUGAGAAGACCGACGAUGACUUCUGUCUUUGCAUUUUUUUUUUGUCUUUGCUUUUUUUUACCAAAUAGAAACACUAAUAGAUAAAAGGGUUAAUUUGCUAGAUGACUAUAAUGGGAAAAAUAUUAGUUUUGUAGUAAGAAGGUAGAGAGAGAUAGGAAGGGAAAUGAAGAGAGAGAGGGUUAUAUGGUUAGAUGAUGAAAUAUAGUUUUUUUUUUUGUUACAGGGUCAAAUUUCCCUAGAUAAAAUCCUGGAAAUAUUAGUCAAAAAAAUCCUGGAAAGUGGAAAUAUUGAUCAUUUUGUUAGUUUAAGUGGUAUCAGUCUGAAUUUGAAGUUGAAAAUUAUGAUAUAUAUAUAUAUAUAUAUAUAUAUAUAUAUAUAUUAAUAUAUAAGUUCAUCUUGAAAAUGCUUUUUUUUUUUGUUCAAAUCUUGAAAAUGCUUAAAUUGUCUUAUAAUAGUCUAUGUCUUUAUCAAUAAUCUAUAUGUCUAAAUAAUAGUCUAUACCUCAAAUUAAGCAUUUUAGACGCUAACUGUUACUCCCUCCGUUUUUUUUAUAUAUGACGUUUUAGGAUUGUGCACAUAGAUUAAGAAACAUUUAAUUUCUAAACAAAAACAUUAUUAAUUGUUUACCUAACUAUAAUUUAACCAAUAAUAAAAUAGAAACUAUAAUAUCAUUGGUUAUCUAACAUUAAUUAGUAAUACAUUUUACAUAGAAAAUUGAAAACGUCAAAUAAUUUGAAACAAAAAAAUUCUUCUAAAACGUCAUAUAUAAAAAAACGGAGAGAGUAUAAGAUUACUAUCCACUUAAUGCCUAACAUCUUUUUUACACUGAAUAUAACUAAUUAAAAUGCAUAAUACGAAACCUACAACCACCUUCGUACUUAUUUAGUGAUUGUAAGUUGUACCAUUUACAUGAAUAAUGUCAAAGUAUACUGAUCUGCCACCAACAGUAGGAUUCAUAUAUAUCUCCACGAAAAGGAUGGUGUUAAAAGAUGCAUGGACCUAAGUUACUUAACUAAUAACACAAAAUCAUGCAUAAAUAUUAGUAAUGGUGCUACUAAGGUAGUAAGCGUAGCUUUUUUUUUUGUCACGAUGGUAGUAAGAGUAGCCAAAGGUCCUUUCCCCCUGACUUGGCUCAAAUGGGAUUUUCGAAAAUAAGUGGGCAUUUGAUUCUGUUGAUCAUGGGAUGGAUGGGAUGUCACGAAUCUGCUCAUUACGGGCCUCAGGUUUGGGCUUUAUGGCCUUCCUCUCAAACCAUUACUUCACAAUUACCUUUGAAAGGGCAGUGGCACUGGCUGGUUCGUCGCGUCGUCUCUCUAGAGUUUUAAGCUCUCCACCAUGAAAACGCAGCAGAAGAACAACGAUUUGUCAAUCCAUUACCCGAAUACGCAACUCUCGAUCGAAAGCCUCAGAUAAUGGAAGAGAAAGCUCCUCAUUGCCUAUCACAAUAUAUCUCAUAAUCGAUAUCUUCUUGAGGCUGCCGUUGAAGUCAAUAGCGAUAUGUACUAAUACAUACCAAACCAUGCAUGGACAUAAAACAUUUCUGGUGAUAUGUAACCCUACCACCAGACAAGUCUUGCAUUUUCCCAAAGUGAAGACGAGGAGACUUGAUGUGUGGAGUAUGUUUGAUUAUGAUCCGAUUGAUAAACAGUUCAAAGUAUUGUGCAUGACACGGUUAAGGAAUGGAAGAGAUUUUCAAGAGAGCAUAAAGUUCUGACAUUAGGAACUCAAAACCCGUCAUGGAAAAUGCUCGAGCGUUGCGUACGGCAUUAUGAUUAUUCACCACCUGAAGAGAUAUGCAUCAAUGGCGUUUUGAUUAUUUUUGCUUCUAUGUUUUUAAAUUUUUAUUAUGAAAUCAAAUCUAGAUGUUUUACUUUUUGUUAAUCACACUCUAUAAAACUUCAACGUUCAUUCACUUACAUUUUAACAAACAAACAAACUAUAUUACUCGGUGCUAGUUUUGGAUACUCAAAAUAAAUCCUGCAGAGUCUUAAAUCAAGUAAGAUUUGCAUGGCAAUGAUUUAGAUUAUUUUUGGCGGAUAUACCAAUUAGAUCUUUUAAAAGAAAUAUUUCAUUCAUGACCUAAUCCCAACACGAUCGAUAUAUGUAUAAACAAAUUCGAUAAGACAAAAGAAAGGAGUUUUUUUUUUGUCAACAAAAGAAAAGGAGUUAAUUAACCGCUCUUUUAGUCUUCUUGUCGCAUCGCCAACAAAAGGUAAUAAACUGAAGAGCACUUCACAAAUAGUUUCACAAGACCCAAUAGAGCAACCCGAAGUAGCCGAUAUUUUCUUCUUUGUAUUCUUCGGUUAAGUUUAGACAAUACAAAUAAUAACUAUAUAAAAAUUAAAUAAAAAUCUUGAUAAGUGAUAAUAUAUUUUAAGUACGUCCACUUAGGGCAAGAUAAUAUUUUGAUAAGGAACCAAACAAUUGAAUUGGGUCUAUUUAAUUUGACCUAAAAUAAAGUUAGGUUAUGUCAUCUUUUCCCUCUAUUUGGUUUGAUAUAUAUGUACCACACCCAAGGAUUGUAACUUGUUAUAUACAAUAUUAUUAAAUUAAAGGUACUGCUGUAAGUCAAAACGUACCACUUGCAUAUAGUAUCUUUGACAUCAGUUAUAGUGCAUGUAAUAGUAAAUUCAAGUCGAGCUUCAUUGCAUGAAAGAAGAAACAAAAAUAAGACAAAUUAUUAAAUUAGUUUCGUGAUACACGGUGAAUUAACCAAAAGGAAUAUGCGAAAAGCUUUAUUUGCGUAGGACCAUCCCAUCCACUUUUCAUGUGUUUACUUGAUGCGAAAUCGUGUAUGUAGUACGCAUGCAAUAAACACAAACACGCACACGUAUCUUUGAUAUCACUUUAUUAGUGGCUAGUGCAUGCAUGUUAUAGUAAUUUAAUUUCAUUCCACUAAUUUAUUUAAUAUAUGCGUGUAUGUGACUAUGAUAACACUGAGUACAAGUGAGGUAGUCAGGGUUUUGAUACAUAAACUCUUCGACUAUCUUUUAUAUGUGCAAAUUUUAUGAAUUGAAACUUCUUAUAGCUUGUGACAUUUAAAUGUACUAUUAUGUACGAAGGUGUCAACGUCAGUACGUAGUUACGUACAAGUGCGAUGACGACUCUGCAACUUUAUAAUUAGGCCACUCCAUAUCCAAGUGGAGAGAGUGAUUAAUGACAUAAAUAAAUAGAUAACGAAUAUUAUUAUUUCACUACUAAAAAUGAUUUCAAGAACAUUGAACGUUAACUAUCUGCCACCCUUAUAAUUUAUAUAUAUGUAACGCCCCAAAUUGCAUUGCUCAGCAAACGAAACAUAUUCAUUCCACCCUAUUUAGUUUAAAGUUUAAAAUUCGGGUUCUCAGGUAUAGUUACAUGGCAUCAAAAGUAGAACCAGGGAAGCUAGAGUGGAGGAUAAGUGUUGACAAUGAGACAACAAAGAGACUAGUUCCUAAGUCAGGACCUAGUGAAAGGAUCUUUCUUUGGCUAAAAGGGUUGAUAAUGAAGACUUGGAGGAUUGGGGCAGAUGAUCCGGCCAAAGUGGUUCACUGUCUCAAAGUAGGACUUGCACUUUCAUUAGUCUGUAUCUUCUAUUACAUGAGAUCUUUGUAUGAUGGAGUUGGAGGAAAUGCUAUGUGGGCUAUCAUGACCGUUGUUGUCGUCUUUGAGUCCAAUGUUGGAGCAACAUUCUCCAAAUGUGUGAACAGAGUGGUGGCAACUAUAUUAGCUGGAUCACUAGGCAUUGCUGUUCAUUGGGUUGCAACUAAAUCAGGAGAAGCUGAGAUUUUUGUGAUUGGAUCCUCUGUUUUUCUCUUUGCUUUCACAGCUACUUACUCGCGGUUUGUGCCGUCAUUCAAAUCCAGAUUCGACUAUGGAGCAAUGAUCUUUAUCCUCACAUUCAGCCUUGUCUCAGUAGGGGGUUACCGAGUAGAUAAGCUGGUUGAUAUGGCUCAGCAAAGAGUGUCAACCAUUGCAGUUGGAACAACUAUAUGCAUUAUCAUUACUAUCUUCAUAUGUCCCAUAUGGUCAGGAACUCAGCUGCACCGUCUUGUUCAAUGUAAUUUUGUCAAACUUGCCGAUUCAUUAGAUGGUAAGGGUAUAAAAAGUUAUAAAACUUGUCACGCAAGGUUCUCUCAUAUUAGCUAUAUAUCCGCGCUGAUUAUUAUCAUUAAAACUGCAGGCUGUGUGGCAGAGUACUUCAAGAAGAGAGACGUCUCGACGAAUGAGAAUGAAGAUGAAACUAACUUGAAGGUUCAAGGAUUCAAAUGUGUACUAAACUCUAAGGGAAUAGAGGAAGCAAUGGCGAAUCUGGCCAGAUGGGAACCUGCACAUGGAAGCUUUAACUUCAGGCAUCCAUGGCAACAAUAUGUAAAGAUAGGGGCUGCUAUGUGCAGAUGUGCUUAUUGCCUGGAGAAUCUUAGUAUCUGCAUGAACUAUGAAACGGAGGUACCAGACCAAGUCAAGAAGCAUUUCAGAGAAACUUGUAUGAAACUCACCGCAGCUUCUUCAAAAAUCUUGAGAGAAUUAGCGGAUAUCUUGAAGAACACUAGAAGAUCUUCAAAGAUGGAUUUUCUAGUGUUUGAUAUGAACUCAGCAGUACAAGAGCUUCAAGAGACCUUAAAAACUAUCCCAAUCCAAACCAACAAACCUGAAGAAGAAGAAGAAGUCCCAUCUGAUGAAGGUGAAGACAGAACCAUACCGAUGAGCCUACAUGAAGUACUUCCAGUUGCCACUUUGGUUUCCUUGUUAAUCGAAAUCGCAGCUAGGAUUCAAACAACUGUGGAAGCAGUGGUUGUACUCGCAAAUCUUGCAGAUUUCAAACAAGAUUCAAAAAAGAAAACUGAAGACAACAACACUAACCAACCACCACUAAGUUCUUAAAUCACUUUCAAUUACACUACAUGAAGAUCUUAAACCAAGUUUUCAUGUAUAUAUACAAGCCUUUUAGGAUAUGGUUGUUUAAGGCCAAAAAGCAAGUUAUGGAACUUCAUCUUAAAAAAAAGAUCAUAGCUAAAAACAUUGUCACCAUAG